CAGGCAUUAAUAAAAGCACCCAUGUUAUGAUCGUCGGUACGUCGUUAUCCGUGUCAUUGGUGAAUGACAGAAGAUGGCUCACCCUAGACUGUUUGCCCGGCUGCUCUUGCAGCAGACUGGGGUCAGGCACUGUUAUAAUGGAACGAGAAAGAACCUGUACAUUAACAAGGAUACAAAGGUCAUUUGCCAAGGCUUCACAGGAAAACAGGGCACCUUCCACAGUCAGCAAGCUCUGGACUAUGGCUCUAGGUUAGUUGGAGGAGUGUCCCCUGGAAAAGGGGGUAAAACGCACCUGGGUUUGCCUGUCUUCAACUCAGUCAAGGAGGCCAAAGAGGGCACAGGAGCGGACGCCACGGUGAUCUACGUGCCACCUCCUUUCGCGGCGGCCGCCAUCAUGGAGGCCGUCGACGCGGAGAUGCCCCUGGUGGUAUGCAUCACGGAGGGCAUCCCCCAGCAGGACAUGGUGCGCGUCAAGCACCGGUUGCUCCGCCAGAACAUCACCCGCCUCAUUGGGCCCAACUGCCCCGGCGUCAUAAACCCAGGAGAGUGCAAAAUUGGGAUCAUGCCCGGACACAUUCACAAGAAAGGGAGAAUCGGCAUUGUCUCAAGAUCUGGAACCCUAACAUAUGAAGCCGUACACCAGACUACACAAGUUGGCUUGGGCCAGUCCCUCUGUGUCGGCAUCGGUGGAGAUCCGUUCAAUGGAACCAACUUCAUCGACUGCCUGGCAGUGUUCCUGCAGGACCCUGAAACGGAGGGCAUCAUUUUGAUUGGAGAGAUCGGAGGCAGCGCCGAAGAGAAUGCAGCCCAGUACUUAAAGGAGCACAACUGUGGUGCCAAAGCGAAGCCCGUGGUGUCGUUCAUCGCUGGUCUCACAGCACCCCCUGGCAGGAGGAUGGGUCACGCCGGUGCCAUCAUCGCUGGGGGCAAGGGCGGAGCCAAAGAGAAAAUCGCUGCCCUGCAGUCAGCGGGUGUGAUCGUCAGCAUGUCUCCCGCACAGCUGGGAAGCACCAUAUUCAAGGAGUUCGAGAAGAGGAAGCUGUUGUAGGCGGACAGAGACAUCCCUCUGAGGGCGGGCUGACCUGCGCUGCCUCCGGAGACUCCUCCCCUCCUGUCACUUCCAUACUGUUACCGGAAGAAAUAACUGGAUCUCUGUUGUCAGACAGUCUUCUAACUGUGCAAGACUUAUUAUAACUGCUACAUUUAGCAUACAAAUAAUCUCACAGGAAAGGCCAGGUUGUCACCAUGUACAGUGGGUUGUGUGUGUGUGUUGUCUUUGGGGAAGCACCAGCAUUGUUCAAGCGCCAUCUCCGGUGUUAACACACUGUCUUUAUCCAAUGCUGAAAUAUGUCUGAAAUAUAAUUCUCUUGCCUACUGUU